AUGGACCGCGGACGUAGCAGCAUCCCUCGCGGGCGCGGCGCAAAGAAGCGUGCCACGCUUCCGUCUCACUCUCAUUCUCACUCCUACUCGUCUCAUCAGAGCCUCUCUUUUUCAGACACGGCUCCCCCAACUACUCCCGAGCCUUCCAACAUCCUUCCGUCAAACAGGGUGCCAUAUACGACACCGCAACGAGGGGGUAGAACCGGUGCCCGCCAGGCCAACAACAACACUCAAACAACCUAUCGCGCCUCAUCUCCCGCGACUGAACAAGCUGAUCGGGCUGACCGGCCAGUCCGUAGUUCCACUUUCCCUUUCUUUUCCUUUGCCGACGAGUCGCCGCCAGCAGCGGGCUCCAUUAUGGCUGCCCAUGGCCCUGCCCGGAAGAGGUCAAGGACGUUCGAGACGCCCUAUGAAGGCGCCGCCGACGACGAGGGUCAUUCAAAAGGCGGUCAUUCCCUGCGAAAGCGUGCCCGCAUUGAUUACACCCAGGAGAUGAUUGAUGAUGACCUUGGUUUGCCAGCAGCCAAGAACGACCUGGUCGUCAAGCCCGCUGCUACUCCCGGUGCCCGCAGCCGCAAGAGGAAAGGCGGCCAUGACGACUCCGGCGAUGAAUCAGAAGACGUCGCCUCAAAUCUCAACAAGCGCCACCGCAUCGACAAGUCUCCAGUACCGCCUCGAAUGCCAGUGGCCCGCCGCCGCAACCCAUCCAAGAAGUUGUCCACAGAUCUCAGCCCUUUUGUCGAUCAACCGUCCGACAACGAGGUGCAGGACACCAUUCUCGUUAGCGUGCCCAACACCGGCCCCGACGCCCCGUCAGAGGCAUCAGACCAUUCCUCAUCCCAGGACCCCGAGUCGCGUCCGACAUCUUCGGGCGAGAGCGUGGCUGCCCGUGUUCAAGUGCAACCGCCGACACCACCCGCGCCGCCGUCCCAGCCUGUUGAGGACGCCAUGUCCAUCACCGCAGAAGGUGAUCAAGUGAUUGACAACAUCAUUCCCGGCCAACCUUACGACGAACCUCAGCCCCAGUUCCCCCCCUCCCAUCUUUCACUUAUGCCUGAUGGCGAUGUGGAGAAAGCAGAGUCUACUUUCAAAAAUGAGGCUAAAGCGUCGGACGACGUUGUAUCCGUCGUUAUGCAAGACUCCGAGGCUGGCCUUCCUGGAGCCCUCGAAACCCAAAUUGACGAGGCUGGCCAUACGGAGCAGAGCCCAUCCCAACAACCCCACCAGCAAGACGGGAUGCCACCGCAAACACUGACAACGCAACUUGAAACUCCGAAGCCGGUUCGUGCUCUCGCGCCUGAAUCAGGAUUGCCUUUCACGGCGCCCCAAACUUUGCACGGGGUGACAUCUGGGUCGCUCGUUUCUCACACGGCACCCUUCCCAGACCCCAAACCGACGGGGCCGGCAAGGUUCAAAGCGUUGGAGCCCGUCUACGGCGCCGAGGUCCCCUUUGCAUCUCAUCUUAAGCUCACACCAUAUGAGGAAGAAGAUAUUCCCCUCCCUGGCCCGUAUACGGAAUGGGUGCACCCAGUCCAAACCAUCAAGGGAGAACUUAAAGCAGAGCCCAAGGCGGAACUCAAGGCGGAACCCAAAGGAGAGCCUACUCCUUUUCCGACACCUACACCUGUCUUUCCAUCACUCGAGAGGAAGUCAGUCGGAAUCGAAUGGGAAACAAGCCGUCCUCUGAAAUACAAGGAGUUCAUGGUUCUUUACCGCAAGGAAACGAGGCGGAGGCAAGAGAAAGGGGAGCCGCCAAUAUCUAUUCGGGAAUUCAAUAACGAAUGUGCGCGUCGGUACAAGUCUGCCCACACCCAAGCCUCUCCCUCUGCCACCCCGACACCAACCACAGAAUCCACAGCUAGUUCCACCGUUGUGGCUAGGACGCCGGCACUCAUUACCGCCGCGUCUGUUGAGGAAGUCGUCUCUCGAGACUCGCAGCCAGUUGAAUCCCGCCCGCCCACCGCGGCCCCAUCACCCGCUCCUUUUGAUGACGGCAUGGGCCAGGACGACGUACCGGAGGACGAACAAGAUGCCGACGAGCUGAUGGAUGAUCAGGUCAAGGCAAGCAGCCCCGGCGAGCCUGUGGAGGUGACGCGGAAUCCGCACACCCAAUAUCUAUUCCCCAAGAUCCGCGACUGCAACGAUUUCGUCGAGGCGUUUGAGGGGUGGCAGGACUUUCCGAAUGAGCGCCUGUACGAGACGGUCGCUGCAGCGGUGGAAACUUUGCAUACCUACCAACAGGAAUACAACGAACUCAAAAAGCUCUUGGACGACGAGGAUAAUGCAAAGCGCCGCAAAGCCCAUGAUAAGACGGUCAUCAACUGGGAGAAUCGGCAGAAGGCAGACGAACCACUGCCGCCGCGGCGUCAUUUUGACGACCCAGUCAAAGGCCCAGCCCCGUUUGAAGUACGAGGGAUACGCGCCCCCCGCCCUUACAUUGAUGACCCUUUGCUCGAGCAACAAAAGGAAGAAGACCGUGUUAUGGCCCAAGCAUACGGGUUCAAGCUCAACACACACCCCACCCAAGUGGGCCGGCAAAACCCGGAAGAACAGCGGUGGGAGAUGCCUGAGAACCGACUCCGGAAGAGGACUGAGAAAGGGGCAGAACUUGCCGAGGAGAACGUCGUCGAGGGGAAGCGGACCAGGAAGCCUCGCCACGUCUCAGACCAGAGCAAGGAUCCGAGCCGGGCUGGAACACCGACAGGAAUCACCGUGCUUGGCCCCGGGCGCCGCCAGCGGCGGAAGCCGACCACCGCUGGGAACGGAGACGAAUAUGAGGGGCGCGCUGGGCGUGCACGUGCCGCCGUGCUGCUGGAUGACCGAGACCAGAUCACGCCAGUCGCCGGAGCGGACGGUAACCGGACAGAAGACGAGGAACGCGAAGUGGAAGAGAAGCCGAAAGCCACACGCAGGCGCGGGCGGGGCGCGCCGUCUUUUCCGGAGCCGCCAACAUCGGUACCCGCUGGCUUCGGCGGCGAGACUAGCAAGCCGAAGCGCGCCCGUGGCACCAAAAGUUUGCAGCCAAACCAGCAAGCCGGCGGCGAAGUGGCGAGCUCAUCGUUCUACAGCAACGCUUCAACGCAGCCCGAUUCGAGGCCGUCGACCUCGUCGUCUAACGGCACGGCGCACACGGCCGAGACGACUGAAUCGACGUACUCGCUUCGGGAGAAGCGGAAGCGCAAUUUUGUGCUGGAGAACGACCCGGAGCUGGAGACUCGCCCGCAGCGACGGGGUCGGGGCACGACUGGCCAAAAGGCGAACGGCGCCGCGACCGAACCGAAGAAGCGGGGACCGAGGAAGAAGGAACCGGCCGCCCAGGCACCACCCCCGCCGCCCUCGGUCCCGUCCCCCUCUCCGCGCCCGGCCACCCCACCGCCGCUGCAGCCGCCAGUGGCGACGAAGUUUUAUCACAACUUCGUGACCGGACCCAUGGUGGUAGAUGCGGGCAACGGUUCCCAACCGGCGGCAACGCAGGCAGGGCCGUACCUGCACACGUUCAACGCGGCCCCCGCCUUUGUUGCCGGAACCCACCCCCCACCUCCUCCUCCCCCUUUGGUGAAGAAGCCCAUCACCAAGAUUAAGCUCACCAACCACGGAGCCUCUUCGUCGGCACCCUCUCGGGCAUCGACACCGUCCAACGGAGCGCCUAGCUCCAAACCAAAGCGACCACGCGGCAAAAAGGCCGCUGCUGCAAGCGAAGCCCAGCUGGGGCUUUCAGCCAACGGGGACGGAGAUCUCGACAAGCCGUACGCCGAGAUGACCAAGUCGGAGAAGAUGAGUUGGUCCAUGAGGAGGCGAUGGGCUUCGGGCGAGAUGCAGGGUGCCGUGGAGAAGCGGCGCACCACGUUGGCCAACAAGAAGGCCGAAAAGGCGGCGACCAACCCGAACGCGGACGGCGGCGAUGCGAACGGGAUGGGCCAGAUGACGGACUCGGGGUCUGCGGGGCCGUCAGACCCGACCACGCCGGCCUCGAUGCACGGCCAGCCCGGCUCGGGGUUAUUGGCUCUGCCCCAGGGCCCGCCGAUGAUGCUGCAGCACCCCCCGCCGCACCAGGGGUUCCUUCAACAGCCGUCGUAUCUCUACGCCAUGCCGCAUGGGCCACCUCCUGGACCGCCGGGGCCGAUGUCUUGA